AUGAAUCAAUUUCAUCAAAACAAUGAUAAUUAUCAUGAAAUCAAUAAUCAUUUAGAUUUACAAUCAUCAUCACAAUCAAUUUCAGCUACAAAAAAUGAUUAUAUUUUAAAUUUAAUUACUAAACCAGAUCGUGAAAAAAAUCCUUUAUAUUAUGUACGUAUAAAAUGUAUUGAUCAAGCGUCUAAUUUUAAUGAACAAAUUAUUCGCUUACGUGUAUUAGACAUGAAUGAUGAACAGCCAAGAUUUCAAAAAUCAAUAUAUCGAUUUGAUCUACCAGAGAAUAGUGAUAAACAAUUGAAACCAUUAGGAUAUUAUCGAUUGAAUAAAACAAGUAAUACUUAUUUAACAAAUCAAACAUCAUUAAUAAAAGAAAUUGUAGAUGAACGGAAAGAAUAUAAAUCUGAAGGAAUGGAUGAUCGUUAUGAAUAUCGAAUAGGUCGUGUACUAGCAGAAGAUAAUGAUCAAGGUGAAAAUGCACGUGUUGAAUAUUAUCUAGAUGAAGUAGAAGAUAAGAACUUAUUUAUUUAUCAUAAUGAAAACAAUAAUAAUAACAAUAAUGAUAAUGAUAAUAAUAAUGAACAUAGUCAUGAACUAGUCAGAGUUGAUCAAUUAUUCCGUAUUGAUUCACAUACUGGUAUAUUAUAUGCAUUGAAAAAAUUUGAUGGUGAAAAUGUCGACAUGUUUCGUUUUAAUGUAUUCGCUUUAGAUCAACCAAAUCAAUUAACAUCAAUUCGACAUAGUGGAACAGCUAUAGUUGAAAUCAAAAUUACAGAUGUUAAUGAUUGGCCACCAUUAUUUAUAUUAACAAAUCAAUCUAAUAUUAAUAAUACAGAUACUACUACUAAUAAUAAGGAUAAUAUAAGUAAGAAUAAACCAGCUUAUUGGUUAGUUGGACGAAUUAUGGCAAUUGAUUUAGAUAUUGAAAGUAAAGCAAUGACAUAUAAUAAUAAUAAUAAUAAUAAUAAUAAUAAUAAUAAUAAUAAUAAUAAUCAUAAUAUAAACAAGGUAUCUCCUCCAUCUAAAACACCAUUCAUUUCAUCAUCUUUAUCAUAUAUUACAUUAAGAAUAUCAAAUGAUUCACCAUUAAUAAUACGUCGAACAUUUAAUUUACAUGCUACAAAUGGUUAUUUAAGAACAUCAAUGACAUUAGAUCGUGAAAAACAAAAUAUUUAUAUAUUUAAUGUCAUUGCUUAUGAUGGUAAUCCAUCUACUGUAACAUCACAAACAUCAACAGCUACAGUAACUGUAAUUGUAGACGAUGAGAAUGACAAUGAUCCUGUUUUUAUUAGACCUGCUAUUUCUACUACAACAUUAUCAUCUAAAUCAAAAUCAACGUUAAACUCAAUCAAUAAUGAACUUACAAACAAUAUUCAUAAACCAUAUUCUAUCAAUUCACUAAUUAAUGAUAAAAAAGAAAAUGAAUUACAAGCAAAACAAAAUGAUCAUUUAAAGUUAAUUGGCCCGCCUCCCAUAAUGAUCAUAAUAACAAUGACAAUAAUCCAUUGA